GUUCAUCAUCCUAAGCAUCAUCUUCAUCUUUCAUCAUCCCUGAUAAUUCAAAAUCGAAUGGUAAAUGUUAUCCAAAUUCAAAUUGUUCUAAGUGGUUAGAACAAUUUCUUUUCUUCUUCUUCCCUCUCGAUUUUGUACCAAGUUGAUUUUGUUUUUGUUUCUCUUUCGGUGGAAAAUUUUUUCUAUUGGAAAACUUUUACUUCCUCAAUAAGUUAAAAAGUGUAAACAGAGGAUUAUAAAAGUUAAUUGUUGUUGAUUAUGGUUAUCCAAACAUUUGAAUCCAAUUCGACAGCGAUGAUUGUUAAUGAACCUGUUAAUGGACAUGUUAAUCAAUUGAUUAACAAUCAUUCAAACAGUUUCACUCCUCGGUCAAUUGUUAAAUCAUCUACUCGUAAAGACACAAUUGAACCAAAGUUAAUUGAUACCAAAAGUGUCACACCAACACCAACAAUUGUUACCAAUCCAAAGGUGACAACAAUUAACGGUAAUUGUUACAAUAAUCCGUUCCAACAAUCAUUAACACCUUAUCAUAAUUAUCAACAACACUCAAAUUAUGCAAGUUAUCAUCAUUUAAAUAGUAACAAUCAAGCAACUGGAUUAACCUCAUCAUCUUUGUCACCAACACUUUUUUAUCAACGCAAGGGCUCAUUUUAUAUUCUGUUAUCACUUUUAAUUCUGGGAAUUGUUUUGCUCAUUUUAAUUGCUGUUGGGUCAAUAAUUGUCUACAUUACCUAUUCUCAGAGAGCUAAAACAAGGAUUACAAUUGAAAGAAAAGAUCAUUGUCUUUCGAUUGGCUGUUCGUUUGGUGCUGAUUGUGUUUUAGAUGAGGAUGGACUCGAACCUUAUUGCCGAUGUACUCACCAGUGCGAUGCCCGAGUGGAGGGUCUUGGUGAGGGCGGAGGUGGUUUCAAUCACGAAUACGUUUGUGGUAAUGAUAAUGUUACUUAUCCAAGUUCGUGUCACCUCAGAUUGACCUCAUGUCAACUUCAGCAAACAAUUUAUGUUAAACAUGAAGGAGCUUGUUAUGGAGUUCAGAGUAAAUGUAUCGAUUCUGAUUGUAAAUAUGGUUCUAUAUGUUCACCGGUAAAGACUGGACAUGGGAGUGAAUGUCGAUGUCCAGAGAAAUGUCUCGAUUAUCCUGAAGUUGUCUACUGGCUGAGGGAAAAAUAUCCUACCUCUCAAAGUGAAUCUCUCGCUUUGACCAAUGAAACUGUUUGCGGAAUUGAUGGUCAAGAUUAUGAGAAUUUUUGUCAGCUCAAGAAGAUUUCAUGCCUUAAAUCCAAGCCCAUUUCUAUCAAAUAUUAUGGCUCAUGUGAUCCUUGUUCAACCAUGAUGUGCCCAUCAGAUGAGAUUUGUCAAUUGGAUGAUGAAAGGAGACCAUUUUGUUCAUGUAACAAUACCUGUUCAACCAUGGAUAUAGUUGAUUCUCAUCAUAGUAAUUUCAACAAUAAGGAUCAGUCUCAAGGAGAUGAUGAUGAUGAUAAUAGUCAUCAUAAUAAUCGUAAUGGACUAACAAUAAUGACCCCUACAACCUCCACCACCGGGUCAACCUCUACUAUUACUACAAUAGGUUCGAUAUCAUCUUCCUCUUCCAUCUCAACUGAAAAUAAAACUACAUCUUCAAUCUGUGGAUCGGAUGGUAAUUUAUACCAAAGUGAAUGUUCACUUUUAAGAGAAUCAUGUGUUCAAAAGAUUGAUAUUAAACCUUUGCCCUCAUCGAAUUGUAUUCAAGGUCAUCAUCCAUGUCAUAAAAGCUCAUGUUCCUAUGGUGGUAAAUGUAUUGUUGAUAAAUUUGGUUCCACUAAAUGUAUUUGUCAACAAUGUGAAAAAAUUUAUAAACCAAUUUGUGGGUCAAAUCGGAUUACAUAUGAUUCAGUUUGUCACAUGUUGAGAGAUUCAUGUAUCAAAAAGGUCAAUCUAACGAUAACUUACUCAGGUCCAUGUGAAAAUUAUCAACCAACACCAAUACUGACCAAUGGAUUAACUAACAAUGGAUUUGGCGGGUCAAUGAAUAACAUUGGACAGAUUGGGUCAAAUCGAUCAAUCGAUUUAUUAACUAAUUCAAUUGUUCCUUGUACACCCGAUAAUUGCCGAUUUGGUGGAUUUUGUGUCCAAGCGAAAGAUUCGGACCAUCAGAUGAAUAGUAUUUGCCAAUGUCCACAAUGUUCAGAGGAAUCGGAGGCCGUUUGUGGUUCCAAUGGAAUCACUUAUCUAAAUGAAUGUGACCUGAAAAAAGCUUCGUGUCAAAAUCAAAAGGAUAUUUACAUUUCUCAUAAAGGACCUUGUCGAAGUUGUGACACAAGUAAACAUAGUUGUAAAUACUACGCUACAUGUGAGAUCAAUAUGUAUGGUAUUCACGAGUGCGUUUGUCCUCAGGUUUGUCUUCGUCAGGAUCAAGCGAUUUGUGGUUCUAAUGGUGUUACUUAUGACAACGAAUGUGAAUUACGAGUCCGCUCUUGUUUAGCCCGAACCGAAAUAACAGUUGCUCAUAUUGGACCUUGUGAUAUGUGUCAAAAGGUAAACUGUAAAAAUGGAGCUCAAUGUGAGGGAGGUCGAUGUGUUUGUCCAAGUUCGUGUCCUGAUCCCAUUUACGAACCAAUUUGUGCCAAUGACGGAAACACUUAUCCAAAUUUAUGCGAGAUGAGGAAAAACGCUUGUCUCAAUGAUAAAGACUUAAGGUCACUUUUUUAUGGACAAUGUGAGGUUGAAAAUGAAGAUGAACCAGCAAGUUCAGAUGAUAAUGGUUCCAUCAAUCAGUUACAAUCAAAUCAAAUUUCUAAGCAAUAUAAUAAUCAUAAUCAUCGUCAUCAACAUUCUCAGUUCAAUCAACGAGAUUUCAAUUCAUGGGCCGAGAAAAUUUCGGGUCAAUUUUCAUCGCCUUCACCUUUAGUUUCAUCAUUAACCUCGAACAUUAAUCAUAACAAUAAACCUUGUCAACGAUUAAAAUGUAACUUUGGGGGAAUCUGUUCAUUCAAUUCUCGUGGUAGACCCUUUUGCGAAUGUAAUUUAAAUUGUCCAUCAAUGUCCAGUUAUGAUAAGGUUAAUGAUGAGCCGGUUUGUGGAUCCGAUGGUCGUUACUAUGAUAACCUUUGUUCACUGAAAGAGGAAUCAUGUCGACGUCAGGUCGAAAUUAAAUCUGUUAAUAGUGAUCAAUGUAAUCUAUCAACAUCCUUUACUCCAAGUGAUUAAUUAUCCCAAGAAAUUAACUCACUUAUAAUGUUGACAAUUAAACUAGUCUAUCAAUUUAUCUGACUAUUGUAUAUCAGAAUAAAUAAACUAGUCAAUUCUAA